AUGCUGCUGCAGCAGGGCGUGAAGGCUGGCGCCGCAGCCUCAGGUUGGAACGAAUGUGCACUUAAGAGUGCUUACUUUAAGGCCCUGAAUGACAACAUUAAAGAUGAACUCGCCACAUUAGACGAACCUGCUAGUUUGGAGGAUUUAAUCCGUUUGACCAUCAGACUUAGAUCCUGUGACCUCUCAGAGAGAACUUGUGAAGUUCUGUCAUCAGUUCUGAGGUGCAAGUCCUGCUCUCUGAGAGAGGUUGACCUACAGAACAACAACCUCCAAGAUUCAGGGGAGAAGUUUCUGCCUGAUCCAGACUGGACAUUGGUAAUAUUCAGGGAGCCUGAUGGAGUCCGAUGGUUGAAACCAGCACUGAGGAAGUAUUCCUGUCAGCUCACUAUCGACACAAACACAGUGAACAAAAAUCUGAAGCUGUCUGAAGAUAACAGGAAGGUGACAAAGGUGAAGGAGCUUCAGUCGUACCCUGAUCAUCCAGACAGAUUUUAUGGCUGGCCUGAGCUGCUGUGUAGUGAUGGUCUUAUUGGUCGCUGUUACUGGGAGGUCGAGUGGAGAGGACCGGUUUAUAUAUCAGUGAGUUACAGAAGAAUCAUGAGGAAAGGAGACAGUGGAGACUGUUGGUUUGGAUGGAAUGAUCAUUCCUGGACUCUAAACUGCUCUGAUCAUGGUUACUCUGUCCGGCACAAUAAGGAGCAUCAAUCAAUCUCCUCCUCCUCUGUCUCUAACAGAGUAGCAGUGCAUGUGGACUGUCCUGCUGGCAUUCUGUCCUUCUAUAGAGUCUCCUCUGACUCACUGAUCCACCUCUUCACCUUCAACACCACAUUCACUGAACCUCUUUAUCCUGGAUUCUUUCUCUUUCCUGAUUCCUCAGUGUUUCUGUGUUGAGUCUCCUCCUGUCGGGGAAACCCUCUCACUGUUGAACAGAUAUUUUGGUCUUUACAUGUCUGUCUUUUUUUUAACAUUCAGUCGGUUUCUUUCUGAAACUCCUGGAAAAGAUUCCUUGUAAACGUUGUCCUCUUCCAAUCCUUUAAAGAUGGAAGCUGGGAUUAUUCUAUAUGUUUGGUUCUUUUUCUAGUCAAAGCUUCAUUUAGGGUUUACUGCCAAUGUGUUUUCGCUGCUAUACCAAGGCUGAUGCUCGAGCUGGUUGUGUUUUGGUUCUUAAUGUCUCUGUAGCAAUAGCUUUAUCCUGGCUCUGAAGCUCACCAUCAGAGGAAAUGUUUACAUUUCUAUCUCCAUUCUUGU